GUUGAUUCCUGUGUUAAAUUAGCUGCGGAGCUUAGCGAUUGGGGAUUUGUAGGGUUUUUGCUUCGUUCCUCUCGCAUCCCAAAAUGACAAAGAGAACCAAGAAGGCUGGUAUUGUUGGGAAAUAUGGUACCCGAUAUGGUGCCAGUCUGCGUAAGCAGAUUAAGAAGAUGGAGGUCAGUCAGCACAGCAAGUACUUCUGUGAGUUCUGUGGAAAGUAUGCAGUGAAGAGGAAAGCUGUGGGAAUUUGGGGAUGCAAAGACUGUGGCAAAGUGAAAGCUGGAGGUGCUUACACUUUGAACACUGCAAGUGCUGUGACCGUCAGGAGCACCAUUCGGAGGCUGAGGGAGCAGACUGAGAGUUAAUUUGAUUGAUAAAUUCUGUCGUGUUUUUUCUUUUCUUUUUGAUACAUGGAACUGACCGUAGUGCCUCUUUCAAGUGUUUUCAAUUGGAUUUCCCAUUCGGGAUAUUUUGAAAUCUUGAAUCAAUUGAAGCAGUUUUGGUGUUUACUCUAUUAUUUCUUGUUAA